AUGCUGCUGGCCUCGGCCGUGGUGGUGUGGGAAUGGCUGAACGAGCACGGGCGGUGGCGGCCCUACAGCCCGGCCGUCAGCCACCACAUCGAGGCGGUGGCCCGCGCCGGGCCGCGGGCGGGCGGCAGCGUGGUGCUGGGCCAGGCCGACAGCCGCCUGGCGCCCUACAUCAUCGACCUGCAGUCCAUGCACCAGUUCCGCCAGGACACCGGCACUAUCCGCCCUGUCCGGCGCAGCUACUAUGACCCAUCGUCGGCACCAGGCAAGGGAGUCGUGUGGGAGUGGGAGAACGACAGUGGGUCGUGGACGCCCUACGACAUGGACGUGGGCAUCACCAUCCAGCGCGCCUACGAGAAGCAGCACCCCUGGGUGGACCUGAGCGCCAUUGGCUUCUGCUACGUCAUCGACUUUGCCACCAUGGGCCAGAUCAACCGGCAGACCCAGCGCAAGCGCCGCGUCCGCCGCCGCCUUGACAUGGUCUACCCGCUGGUCUCGGGCACCCUGCCCAAGUCACAGUCCUGGCCUGCCAGCCCUGGGGCGGCGGCGGCCCCCCCAGUCCCUGCCUGCGCCUGUCCCCAGUGCCUCCUGGUCAUGAGCGUCAAAGCCACCGUGUCAGCCGCUGGCCCCGGCACCGCCACCCUGCAGCCCCGCAAAGCCCCCCCUGCGCCACCCGCUGCCCCCAAAGCCCCGGCGCCGGCCCCAGGGGCCAAGGCGCCUGACGGUAUGGCUGCAGUGCGUGGCUCGCUGAAGCCGCUGGCAGCCCAGGGGGGCCGGCGGCAGGCAGCCAGCACACCCGCCUUGAGCUCGGCCAGCUCCACCACCAGCCCCCCCAGCGCCGGCAGUGGCAAGGCAUCCCGUCCUGGCCUUGGCACCCUGAACCGCAGCCACCUCCAGCGCCUGGCCAUCGCCCAGUCCCGGGUGCUCAUUGCCUCUGGGGUCCCCACCGUCCCCGUGAAGAACCUCACUGGCUCCAGCCCCGUCAACCCCGCACUGGCAGGGAUCACGGGGAUCCUAAUGAGUGCGGCCGGGCUGCCCGUCUGCCUGACGCGGCCCCCCAAGCUGGUGCUGCACCCCCCACCUGUCAGCAAAAGUGAGAUCCAGUCCAUCCCCGGCAUCUCCCACACCUGCCGCAAGACCACCAAGAAGCAGGCCAAGAAGGGUAAAACCCCGGAGGAGGUACUGAAAAAAUACCUGCAGAAGGUGCGGCAUCCACCGGAUGAGGACUGCACCAUCUGCAUGGAGCGCCUCUCCGCACCCUCCGGCUACAAGGGACCCCAGCCGGCCAUCAAGCCCGACCUGGUGGGGAAGCUGGUGAAGUGCAGCCACGUCUUCCACCUCCACUGCCUGGUGGCCAUGUACAACAACGGCAACAAGGAUGGGAGCCUGCAGUGUCCCACCUGCAAAACCAUCUAUGGGGUGAAGACGGGGACACAGCCCCCAGGGAAGAUGGAGUAUCACAUCAUCCCUCACGCGCUGCCUGGCCACUCUGACUGCAAAACCAUCCGCAUCAUCUACAACAUCCCCCCAGGGGUGCAGGGACCGGAGCAUCCAAACCCCGGGAAGAGCUUCACUGCCCGCGGCUUCCCCCGGCACUGCUACCUUCCAGACAGCGAGAAGGGCAGAAAGGUACUGAAGUUGCUGCUGGUAGCCUGGGACCGGCGCCUGAUCUUUGCCAUCGGGACCUCCAGCACCACAGGCGAGUCGGACACGGUGAUCUGGAACGAGAUCCACCACAAGACAGAGUUCGGCUCCAACCUCACCGGCCACGGCUACCCUGACAUCAACUACCUGGACAAUGUCCUGGCUGAGCUCGCGGCCCAGGGCAUCACGGAGGAGAGCCUGGCACAGGAGAAGGACUGAGACCGCGGCAGGGAGGCAAGGGAAGGGGUGCCUGUGCUGCCCCAGCCUCCCACCACCACCCCAGCUCCCCCCCUGCCCCGAGGAUAAAGCUGCUGAAGAAACCUGCCUGGGGACUUUGCAGGGGGGGGCACCUGGAGCCCCCUGGUCCCAGUGGCACCUGCCCACUGAGAGCGUCCCCAGGCUGGCAAUGCGUGAGAAGCUCCUUUUGGCCAUCCCCUUCACUCCCGUGGGGAUGGAGCCUCCCCACGCAGAGCUGCGGGGCUUCACGCUGGCCUGGCUGUCCCCUCCGGCUGGCAUCCUAUCCCUGCUGCUGCCGUGCCGAGGGCUUAGGGGGUGCCGGGCUCCCCUCCGUCCUUGGCCAUUGGACGGUCGCAGCCUGGCCUGAUGCCCCUGACACCCACCUGGGGCUGGGACCUGGCCCGGGGUGGGAGCAGGGGCCAUGGGAGUCCCCCUCACUCUGCCUCGUCCCUCAGCCGUCUGUUGGUUCGUUUGUCCUGUCUGGUACCUCUCCACUGGUCUCCUGUGUCCACGGAGGUUGGGGGGCCCUGGUCUGCCUUGGCUGGCUCCCCAGCCCCGUGCCUGCUUCUCCUCUUGGCUGUGUCUGAGCUGUGCCCUGCAGGGUCCCCUUGUCUGGGCUGCCCACCGCCCCCCGUGCUGGGGAAGGGCUGGGGGGGGGGCAUGUUUCCUGGCCUGUCUCCCACCCCCUGUAGUGGGUUCCUUGAACUGUUCGUAUGGGGGCAUCCCCGUGUUGAAUUUUUAUAUACCUCGUGUUUUGGGGUUUUGUCGUAUAUAUGUACAUAUAGGUGGUGGCGUUUCGGGAGCUGGCCUGGGGGCUGGGAGAAUGCGAUGCUGCAGCCAGACUAGGGGCUGAUCCCGGUGGCAGUCGUGGGGGGGGACGACACGGGACAGGGG